CCCACCCAGGUGCGGGUGCUGCCGGGCGGGCAGGGGGUUCAAACCGAAGGGGUGAAGCACUCCAUGAACCCCUUCUGCGAGAUCGCCCUGGAGGAGGCCGUGAGGCUGCGGGAGAAGGGGGGGGCAGCCCAAGUGAUCGCUGCCACCGUGGGGACGUCGAAAUGUCAGGAAACCUUGAGAACGGCUUUGGCCAUGGGGGCCGACCGGGCCGUGUUGGCUGAGGUGGAAACGGGGGGCGAAGUGGGACCCAGGGAGGUGGCGAAGGUGCUGGCGGAGCUGGCGAGGAAACACAAGGCCGAUCUGGUGCUGCUGGGGAAGCAGGUG